AUGGAUUCCAUCAAGAACACCGUCAACCAGGCUACCGAGAAGGUCCAGGAGGGUCUCUCCGGCACCAGCAAGGAGGCCAACAAGGAGGUUGCCAAGGACUCCAACGCCGGUAUUGGCACUCGUGCCUCCGCUGCCAAGGACGCCGCUUCUGACAAGAUCGACGAGUCCACCCACUCCGCCAAGAGCGAGACCUACAAGCAGAACCCAUAA